GGAUACUUCUGGAUUUGCAUGAGGGAGCGAAAUCGGUUUAUGAUACAAAAAUUCCGUCUUUUAUUUCUUUUGGUGCACUAGAGGCAAAAUUCGGACAGCGAGCACAGUAUGAUCUUGGCGCGGCUUCGUCCUGGGUUUGCUUUCCUAUUAUCUCGUUUCGGUCAUACCCAGACAUUUCAGGCUUCAGCAGUCCGGUCUGCAUGCGCUGCUCUAAGCAAACGGCAAUUCCAUCUGAUCUGCUUUUUCUUAGCGAUCUUCCCGUUUAAUGCCGUGACACCCUGGUCUCCCAUGACCCCUGCCGCGCGGCACGGCUGCACACGCUUUAUCGCCACCAAGGUUCGCAGGAAUCGCACCGGCUGGUUGGCUGCGGCUGGCCGCUGACACGAUUUACUUAGCUCGGGACCGUUCCGCCUCCUGAUAGGCCAUGCCAGGAUGCGUGCAAACAACACGGCGCCACGGCUUUUCUACCUUACUAGCCAGGUAUUGGGGUUAA